UAUUAUACAGAGUCUGAAUGGUUAAGACCUCUUAUCUGAAUUGAUCAGACAUUUGCCUCUGAAUAGUUAAGCAAUAUACUAGCUCUUAAUGGUUCAGACCUCUUACUGGUUCAGCACUUAAUGGUUCAGACCACUUAUUGGUUCAGCACUUACCUAUUCAGAACGUUAGAGGUCAGACAGUGCGUAGUGCUCCACAGAGAGAGCCAUGUCAUCUGCCAUUGCCACAUCGGCGGGCUUCACGGAGGAACACCGCCCCUUGGUGCCGUAAAUUAUUCGCGUGAGACAUCUCGUGGCCACAACUACGACAAUAAUGUAGACAUUGGAGAAGUCAUGCACCGACGAUGAAUAAAUCGCAAGACGCGCCCAUAUUCGAAGUAAAGAAACACACAACAAUCUAAAGUGAAUAAGAUGGUGAGUGAAGUUAGUUUUGAUGUAAUGUUGUGUAAUUGGGAGUGAUGGUGGAACAUUACUCAUAACUUUAGAGUUAGCAUUUUGAAAAGUUAAAAUUUUAUCUAAAAUAUUAAUGUUAAUAAAAAAUGUUAUUUCUUGACAAGAUCAUAACAUUGAUUAAUUAUGUGAUUCACAUCAUCCAAAUGGUUACGGAGAAUAAAGAUAAAUUCAACCC